AGAUAAAAUUCAUAGAAAACCGGAGAAGGCGGAUGGUCACCUACCGGAAGAGAAAAGCGAGCCUGGCGAAGGCGGCCUUCGAGCUCUCCACGCUCUGCAACGUCCCUACGGCCGUCGUAUGCUUCGAUCCCGACGGCAGGCCCGACACAUGGCCGGACGACGACGGAGCAGUCCGCGGGAUCGUCGCCGGAUACCGGAACCUCGUCGGCCAGGAGCGCUGCAAGCCUGCCAUCGCCCAGUUGAGAUGCCUCGCAGGCCAAGUCGGCGAGUACGAGGGACAAAAUCUCAUGGGCUGUGGUCUCAGCUGGCUCGAUGGCUUGCCGGAGGAGUCGCUGAGAGAGCUGGCUUACUCCAUGGAAUCGAGCUUGGAGCCUGUCAGGAAUAGAAUCCAACUGCUCAGAGACGCCGAGCGCGACCAAAGCAGCCACUGCAGCACCGGCGAACAAGGUCAAGGUAGUCUUCCUAAUACUCCCAUGGAGUAUCCUGAUGCGCCAAUAGAAUCCAAGGCAGCGUUGGAACAGAGUGGAGGAUUUAUUUGUUCCUCGGAAGAUCCGGUUAUGGCCUUCGAUCCAUAUCCCGUAAAUGAUGCUUUCAUGGACGUUCCGGUGGAGCCGAACCAAGUGGACGCGAGUUCUUAUGCGUUAACCUACUUCAACCAUGGACAGGAACAGAGUGGAGGAUUUAUUUGUUCCUCGGAAGAUCCGGUUAUGGCCUUCGAUCCAUAUCCCGUAAAUAAUGCUUUAACUGACGUUCCGGUGGAGCCGAACCAAGUGGACACGAGUUCAACCUCCUUCAAUCAUGGACAGGAACAGAGUGGAGGUUUUAUUUUUUCCUCUGAAAAUCCGGUUAUGGCCUUCGAUCCAUAUCCCGUAAAUAAUGCUUUCACGGCCGUUCCGGUGAAGCUGAACCAAGUGGACACGAGUUCUUAUGCGUCAACCUCCUUCAAUCAUGGACAGAAAGCUAUGGAGUCUCUCUCCGCACCAUCGUUUCCUGCGCCAUUGCCAUCCACUUCGGAGCACAACAUAGCCUUUGACAGCGACCGUCCUUUAUUCUCACCAGACCGCAGCUUUGGUUUCGUCGAGAGCCUUUUUCAGAUGGGAGGUGGUGAUGCGUCACCAUGCUUGAAUCAUGGACACGAAGCUAUGAGGGAGUCCCUAGCAUCGUCCGCACCAUCGCCGUUUGCAAUGCCGCCAUCCGCUGCUGCUGCUCUGGCGUAUAAUAGAGCCUUUGGCAUCGAUCUUCCUUCGCUCCCCCCGGAGAGUGGAUUUCCGACUGGAGGUGGUGAUGCAUCAACUUUCUUGAACCAUGGACAUAAAGCUAUGAGAGAUUCUAUGGCAUCGUUCGCACCAUCGUCAAUUGCAACAUUGCCAUCCAUUGCUGCUACUUCGGUAUGUAACAUAGCCUUUGGCAGCUACCUUCCUUCACUCCCACUGGAGAGCAGCUCUGGUUUCCCUGGGGGCCAAUUUCCGAUGGGAGGUGGUGAAUCUUCAUGAAGUAUUAGCUUUCGCUGCACAAUUUUGUAGCUGAUAUAUUAUGUACUAGUAGGAUGCCAGUGAUGGGUGGAGCAGAGGGCUAGGCCCACCUUCACAGUUUUGUAGAGCAGAUUAUAAGUUGGAUGCAGAGUGAUUAGUGAAGGGUAAGCCAACCUUCACAGUUUUGUAGACUAUAUAUAUAAGUGAAGGGUGAGCCCACCUUCACAGUUUUGUAUACUAGUUGGCUGUUGAUGAUGGGUUAAGGGUCAACCCUGCCCCUUCACAGUUUUGUACACCAUAUAUACAUACUAGUUGGAUGUAAGUUGAGGGAUAGAGGGAGGGUCAACUCUACCUUCACAGUUUUGCA